CUAACUACACUUUUUGUUUUGAGUAAACAAUAGUUCGUCAGUUUCAGAGAAUGAAAUCUAUAAAAUAAUGUAGCACUGGCUGACUUCUGCAACAGAGCUGAUCAUCAGAUGUGAAAUAGAAAGCUCAAAAAUAUCCAUAACUGUAACAUCUGAGCAAAAUUUCAGUGACAGAACCCAAAAGGUUCUUCAUGUCUAACAUGAUCAUAUUACAUCUAAUGGAAUAUCGGUGUCCCUCAAUGAGCAGUCUGUGAAUGAAGAGCUGGAUUUCACUGGGCACCAGUUCUGCGCUGUGACUGAGCUUCUGGCUCUGAUCAGUCCCAGCCUGUAGCGGAAGGAGGUGGGCUUUACCAGCUGCCACUUCCGGUCAGGACCGUGCAGCAUUCCUCAUUUCUUUCCACUUUAAUUCCUUCCUUCUCCUGAGAGAAGGAGGAAGCGCGAGAAUAGACAGCAGCUCAUAUCCACGUUCUUGCUUCUUUGAAGCACACACUACUCUGCCCGUUCGGUCCAGUGGGCGGCGCUGGUUGCCCGAUCCGCCAUCAGUGGCUCCGCUGUUUUCUGCUAGCUGUUACUUGCUGACCCGUUGCCCGGUAGUCUUCUCGCCGACAUGCCGGAAUACCUGGACGACCCUUCUGUGCUCACCAAGGAGAAGCUAAAGAGCGAGCUGCUAGCCCACAACGUGGAGCUACCGAGCGGAAACCCCACGAAGGACGUGUACGUGCAGCUGUAUCUUACAAAGCUGGCCGGCCAAAGCAGACGCCCCGCGGCUGCAGCUGCGGACUCGUUCUCCAGCGACGACGAGCUGCCUCCGCCCGCGCUGCCUGACACCAGCCGCUCCUCCGGUAGAAAAGCCACCAGGAAAACAGACAAGGUUCGACCGAUUGAGCUUGAUGUGACUGCGCUGAGUGACAAGACCCUGAGGGAUGAACUGCUCGAGCGUGGACUAGACGUGGGGCCAAUUGUGGCAUCCACCCGGAAGCUGUAUGAGAAGAAGCUACAAAAGCUGCUGGAUGAAGGGCCUCCACAGCCUCCGCCACCACAGCUGAUGCUCGUAGGCUCAGAGUCUGACCUCUACAGUGACAGGGAGGACGAGGUGAUAGCAGCUGGUGGUCCAGAGCCUGUGGAGGAACCAGAGCCAGCUCCUGUGGUUGAGAGAACAGUGAGGAGCAGAGAGAAGACUGUCAUCUCCACUCGCAGCCACAGCAGCAAGCACACUGCGGUGGAGAAAAUCGCAGCCAGUGAUCAAACCCUAAAAGUAGACGAGAAGGACGUUCUGAAGAAGCUCUUUCUUAAUGACUGGAGCAGUCCAACGGGAAUCACUGCCACCUGUCGCCGACCCAUCCGAGGAGCAGCAGGGCGCCCUGUAGCAUCCAGUGACCUGUGGAGCGACAGCCUAUUCUCUCCAAAAGCCACCAAGACCAGCAUCUCCUCCUACACUCAGAGCUACUCAGUAAACAGAGUAUCCAGCCUGCCACCCAAAACCACCUCCUCCAGCCUCCCGCCUGCAGUUUUCCCUGCAGGUCAGAUCCAAGCAGCACAGCGCAGCAUGUCUCUGUGGAUAAAGCUCUUCCUGCUGGCCAUCGUGGCCACUUUCCUCUUCCUCAUUUACCAGGCCAUGGAGACCACCUCCAUAAACCCAUUUCAGACCUCAGACAUGGAGGUGGCUGCUGGUAGCACAGCAUAGAGAGCACAGCUGGAGACUGAGAGGUGAAGAAGACCUAGUCUGCUUUAACUCAUUCAUGUUUCAUUAAUGUUUAAGUGUGUUAAAUGUUCUUUACACUUUGCUGUGAUCACAGAUUUUGUACUAUUGUAAUUUUUUGCCCUAAUUUCUGAAUAAGCUUUUAUGGAGAAGAGAAGUAAUUUUCAAUGACACUCAUUGUGAAAGCACCCAGCAGCCCUGUCUGCUGUUCAUCCUUAAGCUUGGACCUCAGGUGAUGACGAAGCCAGUCACUAAUCAACACACACAGGAGCUUUCAAAGACACAGGAGCCUCGUCGUUUUGGUUUUAGUCGUACUUGCAUGGUGUGAAUGUGUUUGUACUGAAUGUGUGUGUGAUUCUAACUUUUCAAAAUAUGCCUUAGUAUCUCUGUUGUUAACAGUCUUGAAGAUGGAAUCUGAAGCUGCUAUUUUGAUUUGUACCUUGGACCAUCUUUGUUAUUGAGACAGGGAGGCUUCUUGUUAUAAUUCAAAUGCUUUUUUAAGCCUGCCCCACUAUUUUCCUAAUCUUCUCUUGUAAUAAAAUUUUAUACCCAAA